CCCGGCGCCUGCUCGGGCUCUCUCCCGGUUCCCUCCCGGUUCCCUCCCGGUUCCCUCCCGGCCCCGUCCCCUUCGUCCCGCCGGCGGCAGCAUGAGCGUGGUGGAGCACGUGCGCGAGAUGGCGGCCGCCGGGCUGCACUCGAACGUGCGGCUGCUGAGCGGGCUGCUCCUCACCAUGAGCGGCAACAACCCGGAGCUGUUCUCUCCCUCUCAGAAGUACCAGCUCCUGGUGUAUCACGCAGACUCCCUGUUCCAUGACAAGGAGUACAGGAAUGCUGUCAGCAAGUACACCAUGGCCUUACAGCAGAAAAAAGCCUUGAGUAAAACCUCCAAAGUCAGGCCUUCUACUGGGAGUGCUGCAUCAACGCCCCAAAGCCAGUGUUUACCGUCAGAAAUUGAAGUGAAAUACAAAAUGGCUGAGUGUUACACAAUGCUGAAGCAAGAUAAAGAUGCCAUUGCUAUUCUUGAUGGGAUUCCUUCCAGGCAGAGGACUCCAAAGAUCAAUAUGAUGCUGGCAAAUCUCUACAAGAAGGCAGGCCAGGAGCGCUCCUCGGUGACGAGCUACAAAGAGGUGCUGAGGCAGUGUCCCUUGGCCCUGGAUGCCAUCCUAGGCUUGCUCUCGCUGUCGGUGAAGGGAGCAGAAGUGGCCUCCAUGACCAUCAACAUAAUCCAGAGCAUUCCCAACUUGGACUGGCUCUCGGUGUGGAUCAAGGCAUACGCCUUUGUGCAUACUGGAGACAACACCAGGGCAAUAAACACCAUUUGCUCUUUAGAGAAGAAGUCAUUGCUGAGGGAUAAUGUGGACUUGCUGGGGAGCUUAGCAGACCUGUACUUCAGAGCUGGAGAUAAUAAAAACUCUAUCCUAAAAUUUGAACAGGCACAAAUGCUGGAUCCUUACCUAAUAAAAGGAAUGGAUGUUUAUGGUUAUUUAUUGGCACGUGAGGGUCGGCUGGAGGAUGUGGAGAACUUGGGCUGCCGGCUCUUCAACAUUUCUGACCAACAUGCAGAGCCCUGGGUGGUGUCUGGGUGUCACAGUUUCUACAGCAAACGAUACUCCCGUGCCUUGUACUUGGGAGCCAAAGCAAUCCAGCUGAACAGCAACAGUGUCCAGGCCCUGCUGCUGAAGGGAGCUGCCCUGCGCAACAUGGGCCGCGUGCAGGAGGCCAUCAUCCACUUCCGAGAGGCCAUCAGGCUGGCGCCCUGCCGCCUCGACUGCUACGAGGGUCUCAUCGAGUGUUACCUGGCAUCCAACAGCAUCCGAGAAGCCAUGGUGAUGGCAAACAACGUGUACAAAACCCUGGGGGCAAACGCACAGACCCUCACCCUGCUGGCCACAGUCUGCCUGGAGGACCCAGUCACGCAGGAGAAGGCAAAAACAUUGCUGGACAAAGCUCUCACACAAAGACCUGACUACAUUAAAGCUGUGGUGAAGAAAGCAGAACUUCUCAGCAGAGAGCAGAAGUACGAGGAUGGGAUUGCCCUGCUGAGGAAUGCCCUGGCCAACCAGAGUGACUGUGUCCUGCACCGCAUCCUGGGCGACUUCCUGGUGGCUGUCAACGAGUACCAGGAGGCCAUGGACCAGUACAGCAUAGCCCUGAGUUUGGAUCCAAAUGACCAGAAGUCACUGGAAGGAUUGCAGAAAAUGGAAAAAGAGGAAAGUCCAACAGAUGCCACGCAGGAAGAAGAUGUGGAUGACAUGGAGGGGAGUGGAGAAGAGGGGGACUUGGAAGGCAGUGACAGUGAAGCAGCUCAGUGGGCAGAUCAAGAGCAGUGGUUUGGGAUGCAGUGAAAGCCUCCUGCUGCUUGUUUGGGCACUUGAACACACCACUAGGGCCACUCUUCUAGAAGAACAGAAACUGUUAUUCUUUUUCAGUAACAAAGGAUUUUUUUUUUUUGUUUUAAUAGACUCUGAAACCAAUUAAGAGUUCUGUGCAUCUCAAUACUGUGGAGAUUCUUGAUGCUUCUUAUUUAUUAAGUGUAAGGGACUAACUGCAUCCGAGGUUAUUUACAACUUCCAUCUUGAAAAAUUCCUGCUCAAACUAAAACCAUCAGAAUCUGAGGUGUGUAAUGAGCCUUUUGUUUGUGAUGAAAACAAUGUCUGAGUUCUGUCCAGGCCAGAGUGUGCUUGGCCAGGUUGUAAAUACAGUGGUUUGUACUCCUUUGUGGGAAAGGCCUUGCUCAUUUGUGUGCAGCCAUUUGAGUCUGGGGCAGCUACUUGAGUGUGGCUGAAAGCAGCACUGUUCUUUUGCUGUUUGUUGAAUUAAUUUGUCUUUUUCUAGGGCAUUAUCUGUUCUGUCCAGGAUAAAUUUGGGACAAUAGCAACUUGGACUCACUGGACACUUUUUGUAGCUGAUUUCCCUGUGUACAGAAUUGAGCCAGUGGUGGAGAAUUAAAGUAAUUUCUUCAACCCUUACUAAACCCUGCAUUCACUUAAAGCCUGUACAUGAGCAUUUAUUUUAAAAUGCAGUUUAGUUUUAUUUCAGUAUGUUCCUGGAAGGUUUUGCAGCAGUGACUCAAAGCACUUUACAUUCUGUGUACAGCACUGACAUUUAAAAUGCUAUAAAAAGAAUUAAUCCCUCUUCCCUUGCACUGCUGGAGAAAUGUUAAAUUAUGCAAAUACACAUAUUGUCCUGGUUUUUCCAUGUUUAUAGACUUCCUGGCUUUGUCAGGUAAUUUUUAAAUUCAUGUCUUUUUCCCUCGUAUUUUGAAACAAAUUUGCUUCGUGUACAAAUUUCCAAGUCAGCAUUUCAAGGGUGAACUGCUUUGGGUAAUCUAGAAACUGUUUCAAUUCUGUGGGCUUGAUGUGUGGGAAGAGGAAUUACUUAUUUUUCUUGCAGUUCUGAUUUCCUUAGUCUUUACCAAAAUGUGGUUUUAUAAUCUUUAUAUCAAGAGCUUAAUUCCUUUUGUAUUUAUUUUGUUACCACAGGUAUGCUGGAACACACAGACUUUUUAGAAAGCUAAAAGAUUAGUUUUGAGUGUCAGUUGGAGGAAAAAUGGCUGUUUGUUACAGACACAUGACAUGGAAAAGAAGCUUCUCCCUGAAAGGCAGAUAAGGGUAAAAUAUCCCUGAUGUUGUAUCAAAAAUGCACAACAAAAGAGGCAGAUUAUUGUCUGUUUUGGAAAUGUUCUGGUGUGUCAUGGCUCACAGAGGAGGAGUCCAAUAGUUCAUCCAUUUAAGCAAAGAAAACAGCUGCUUGUCUGUUCCCUCUGGAAUUCUGUGGGCUUUAGAGUUUCCAAAAUACCAAACUGAGUUAUGGUUCCUUGGAGGUGCUGGGCAAGAGCAGCAAAGCAAAGCUGUCGUGGCACUUGGGUUGGCACAAGCUGCUCCUGCUCUUCAGUGAGCACAUUCACCCAAUGUGUAACAUCUCAGGGAGAGCAAAUAUCUCAUUAAUGACUUUCUGGCACUCGAGAGGCCUUGUCCUGCUCUUGUCUUUGCUGUUGCUGUGGGAUGCAGUGAAUGGAUUUCAGCUCAAGUGGAUUUCAGCUCAUCACGUGUCUCGUGACAGAAAAAACGUGCAAGAUACUCAAAGCAUCUGCUUUUAUAUAAAAAAGCUUUGCUUUCUCCUCACACUCAGCAUUCAGCAGCUGAAAGCUGGGUAGCUGCAUUAGCUUUCUAGUUGUAUUCCAGACCUCUGCUGAGAAUGAAAAUUGAGUUUUGUUACUAAACUAAAGAGAGGAUACCUUUAAUUGAUGAGGAGUAUAUGAGAUAUGUGCUGUAUUUUUCAGCCAUUUUAUUCUAAUGGUUCCUUUGAAUAGGUCAUUCAUUUCAGGUGGAAACCACUGGCUUUGCACAUUUCUCUGGAGUAUUUACAUGGAAGAGGAAAGAGGAGAGCCACAGUUCUAUUGAAACCAUUCUGUUUGUAGAUAAUCUGAUAAUCUCUGCUUUUAGAACAGGCAGGAAACUAAAACUACUUCAGGAUGAGUCCUUGGGUGCAGCUUGAGCAAACAAGUGCAGGCACAGCUCAGAACACCUGGAGAUGGCUGUCCAAAGUGAUUUGUAUCCUCACAGCUUUGGUUUUCUGAGAACCUGGUUCCUUACUGGAAAUGGGAAGUUGUGAGAGUGUGCAGAUGAGGCCUGGUGAGUACCUGAUGUGUUGGGCCUACGUAGCUGUGUGUGAUCUUUGCACUGUGGCUGUGGAACUUUGAGGUGCCAUGCAUGUUGAGGUUGUAUGGAGAGAUACAUUUGGCCCUCACUUCAGAAUUCUAGAGGGAUUCUGCUUGGCUAUUAAUGAGCCUUCAUUACUGCUUUAAUUUUAGAAUGUGAUCUCUGCUUCUGCAGAGGUCUGGUACUCUCCAGUGCAGUUACAGGCAUUUAGUUCAGGGAAUAUAACAAUUAGCCCUUAAUAAGCAGCUGACCUGAUUCCCUGCCUCAGUCACAUGCUCUGCACCCGAGAAGAAAAGAUCACAAAGCCAAGAACUGGAGUUCAAGCUGUGUUAGAUCAGUGAUGGAAGUGAAACAGUUUGGACAUGAGGCAGGAAAUCUGUUGCCAUGCAGUUGUACUGUGGAGUGUUGGUGUUUGAGGUGCUGGGUGAGGGCAGAGUGCCCCUGUGUGCCUGAAAUCCUUGAAUUCAAACCACAGAUUUCAUUACUAACUUUGCAUUCUUUCCUACUUUGACAGGAAGUGAUGGGAAGGGGACAGAAUUUGUUCAAACUGUGCAUAGACUUGGCUAAGGGCUAAAAGGCUGAAUUUACAGAGUCUAAAAGCAGCACACAUUGAUGGUGUGGUUAGAAAUUGCCUGAAUAAUGCAUUUACUCCUGUCAUGUGCUGAUAACACCUGCAAUACUGGCAGUGUUUCUAGUUCUGAAGGUUUCUACAUCAUGGGAAUUCUGGAAUUGUGAAGCAGAAAUAAAGGAGGGACUGAGGACUGCUGACCAAUAUCAGUUUUCUCUGUUGAACUGAGGUGCUUCUUUUACUUCUACUGCUGCUGAUAACAGAGAGAUUUUUGAUUAACUAGGACUUCCCCCCCCUCCUUCAGUAACUGUCUUCCUCAUUAAGCCUCUUUGUGUGGUGAUUCUUCCCUUCUUGCUUUUCAGGAGCUCAGUGAUGUGGAAACUGAUCCAUGCAGGGCAGAAGCAGGAUUUCUGAUUCAGCAAACCUUAUUCCCUCAUUUAGAUCUCAGUGGUAAGAAAUCUGAAAGGCUGUGUCUGCCAUUGUCAUUUCAAAUUACACAAACAUACCACAACCAAAUAUAUUUAAAAAACCCAGAUCUGCAGUCUCUAUGGGUCUUAAAUUCAGAGACCUUAGGAGAGCUUAAACUCAGUAUAAACCUAUGAUUUCAAACUAAAUAGUCUUAGUUAGUUAAAAUGUGCUUUGGAAGCUGGCCAAGAGGAGGCAAGGAUGUAUAUAAGACUAGGUGUUUGAGGAGGAAAUUGAUAAUAAAAUACAGUUAUUUUUGUGCAAAGAGGGAAAAAAUAAAAUGUUCACCUGGGAAACUUCUGUGUAAAUUUAUAUAUUAAAUUGGCCAGUCCCUAUCACUUGACGGAACAACAAAAUAGAAAGAAUAAUCUCUGUUUUCACUCACUGGCUGGAGCUUGGCCUUUGCCUUGCAAAGUCUGGGGGGUGGGACUGGGUCCCCAGUGGAUGUUUACUCUGGACAAGCCUCUCCCUUCCAAGAGCUUCCAGAGGGGACAAGGAUUUCAUGAGUUUGGAGGUGAGAUUCCUUUUCCUCACCUAUCAUCCCAUCAAAACAGCAGUGUGGCAAAUAGGGUGAUGGUUUGGGGUAUGAGGUAAAAUCCUGAUAAACUGAUGCCCAAAGUCUUCUCUGCACCUCCAUGUGGGUAAACUGUUGGGAUGAGAUCUUUUAGAAAACCUCUUCAGCUGCUCAAAGCUUCUCUCAUUUCUCACCCACUCUCCUGGGGGUGGAUGUGGGCUCUAAUCAUACUCAAAUUCACCUCGAGGUAAAAAUAGGGACAUUCCUGCCCUCUGUAUUUAGAGUUUAAUGUAAUAUGUCCCUAAUGCCUCAUAACCUGAGCUGUGGGGAGUGGUUUCUCUGCUCUGAGCUGUCAGUGGGUUCAUCCACGGGCUGCUUUAGAGCUGGGGGUUUGCAGAGAGGAGGAGGAGGAGGAGGGGGAAGAUGAAGCUGUUUAUUUCAGUAACUCUUACCACAUAUUCUUGCACUGAGCACCUUGGCAACCCACUGAGCAUCACGUUCUCCUCACAUGGCUGAACUCCAGCUGGGGGACUCAUUCUGCUUCAACUUGCAGAUCAUCCUUUAAAGAAAUGUUUAAGGUGUGAGUUGGCUCGGGAGCUGCUCAGCAGCCGAGGAAUGCAGCUCCAGGAAUGCAGCUCGCUGUGGCAGCAGCACGAGCUGGGUGCUGAAUAACAUCUUCCCAUCAGGGCUGAGCUUUCCUUUGGGCAGCGUGCUGGGACACAGAAAAAGGGCAGGAGAGCAGCCGGGCUGGAGCGAGCUCUGGGAAACGCUCCCUUUUCCCAGGCAGGCUGAGGCUGGGAAAGGCCGGAGAUGCUCGUGGGCUCUUCCCCGCUGCCCAGCUCAGGUGUCCCUGAGCCCAGGGGCGGUGCUGGCAGUGCCCGCGUGUGCCCGGGCCCGGCUCUAAGCCCGGCUGCGGGAGAUCAGGAGGCUCCGCCAGCCCUGGAGGCUCGGCCCGCCCGGCACAGCGCUGCCAGAGCGGGAAGCAGCCGGCAGCAGCUCAGCCCGAAGCGUUAGCACACCUCCACCAUCCUACAGAGCUGCUGGACCGAGGAAUUCGACCCCUGUAUUUUUAAACCUCACACUGCUGCGUUUGAAGGGUCUCAGAUGUGUCACCUCAUUUGGGUAAGGCUGCUUGCCAGCAGGGUGCUGCUAUCAGGAGCUGGAGCCUAAGAGGCAUUACAUUUAGUGUAAAACACAUUCCUAAGUUGUCUCUUAUUCCAAACAAAAUCUGGUGUUUGGGCUGCGGAGCAGAGCAUUACAGGACACUUGGAAUUUCCAGCUGUUACCCUGGGAGUGCUUUAGCCUUGCCCAGCAGCAGCCUUGUGACAGAACAGCCCCUGGUCUGGGGGAGGGAGUGAGCCCAAACUGCCACGCACUCCCAGCAGGAUGCUCCUGCUGUGCUUUGGAGCAAACACAUUUGGCUCAUCUUCCUUUUGCCUAUGGAAAGGGAAGGGACCAGGAGCUACUUUAGGCUGGGGCAAUUUAGAAAACAGAAAAGGACAAAAAAAUAUAAAGAUGUAGUUGGGAAAGAAUUGUUUAUUUUACGUUUCUCAGAGGGAUUUUACAAACAAUGGAGCAUUUUAAAAAAACUGAGUGAUAAAGUACUUGACAGUGUCCCUUAAACACACACACAAGCCCCUGGACAGAGGAAAUCACACCAGCGAGGAGGUCAAUACUGCCGAGGAGCAGCUGCAUCUGCAUAGUUCUAGGAGGAAAGAUUGCAAUGGUGUUGGUGCUAAAAGUGUCAUCCUGGCAUUAAAAUAAGAGCGAGCUGCAGAGCCCGGAGGGACCUGCAGGAGACAAAGUGCAUCAAAUAACACGCCGAGCACGUCUUGUAGAAUAAAUUUAUUUACCUGAUACAAAUGAAACUAGGUGUGAUGCUCCUUUACUGUCAGCAUGUCAAUAGACAAUUGAUCUUAUUUACAACUUCUAAAGGUCACACAUGCAGCUGUGGGAACUGGCUACGUCGUUGUUGCUUUUUAGAUAAAUGCAUCACGAUAUUUUGUAUUGCACCAACAUCUGUCUUACUGCCUUAGAUUUAAAUAAGUUACAUUACAGUGCAAAAGAAGUUGAUUUGCACGGGUGAUAAAAAAACCCAACGUUAUGAAGUGGAGGCUUACGGUUUAACGUUCAUCUGUAAUCGUUUCCAUGGAUUUAUAAAUAGGAGAGCAUUGUACAGAAGCUGCUGGAGUAGGAUGUUUGGAUGAUACAAUACAGAGAGAGAUCAGUCUACAACCCAAGGCAUGCAUUAUCUGAUAUUGUACAUUGUAUAAACUGACAUUUUACAUACAGGAAUAUGGAAAUCGGCUGACAGCUCCGCAAUUCUUGUUCAAGGAUAACCAAACUCUUCUCCAUGCAGCACAGAAACCCAGCUUCUCUGGAGAGAGUUCCCACUUGGUAAGCUAUAUUGCACGUUUGUACAUCUGUAUCAUGAAGUCCUAAUGGUACCACACAUUUCUUCCACAGAGAACACAAUGAGUUUUGUUUUUAAGGGAAAGCAAAGAAUCUUUACACGAUACAUGCAGAAGUUUUGGUAGAUGUGUUGCUAAAAACACAUGCACGCAACAAAACAACCUUACAUUUCUGCAAAAUUGUUUAGGAAGCGAUUACUCCAGUAUUGCUGAAAAGGAAAGAAAGAAAAGGCAUCAGUUAAUGAAAGGAUGAAUGCUAAGUAUCAUUAUACAAGCAAGACUAAGAUCAACAGUGACAGAAGAAAGAAUGUUAAGUUUGGUAACUGGCUGCUCUGUCAUUGAAGGGACACUCUCAGGUUACUUUGUUCUUCCAGCUCAGAAUCCUCUGGAUUAAGGCUCAGCUCCCUUGAUUAUCAGGAGAGCCAGCACUUCCUACUCAAGACUGCAGUGAAAAACAAUUAAGACACAUUUAAUUAGCUUUUGCCUUUCUCUGCCUGACCAGUGGCAACAGACAAUUCUCACUUCUUUGGAAUUUUUACUUUCAAGUUCCAUACUUCGCACUUGUUUUUUUUUCCAGUCGAGGCAUUAGGGCAGGUUUGGCCCCAAAGUGACCUAACAAUGUCCCUUUUCCAAGUCAGGCAGCUUGUUCUGGGAAGCAGCAGGAAAGCUUUGAAGAAGUCAUUAAGCUACACGGAUUAAUGUGUAGGCAAAGAGUAGAGUACAAGGUCCUAAAGCUCCUGCUGCACCUCACCCCUACCACAGCAUAAGGUCAGCCUCGUGUCUGCAGAGACUGCUCUGAGUCCCUACAGCUCCAGGGAAGCUCUUCCAAACACUGCUUCAACACUAAAAUUUGGGCUCUCCUGCUAAGAUUUGAAAAUGCAUAUUAAUGCAAUUAAGGAUGUAAUUAGCAGAGAUUAGGGAAACAGUUAAUGGUUAGAAGUGCAAAAAAGUAAACAAGACAGGUGCAAGAGACAGACGACUCCAUUGUUUUACCUCCCUUCAUCUCAGCAAUUUCAGCCCCCUCGGGCUGUGUAGCAGCAGCUCUGGGCUCGAGCUGUGACUCGGGCUGGCACUGCUGUACUGCAUUCUAUCAUCAGAUUAAAAACUCCGUGUGGUACCAGGAGCCUCCCCAGCAGCCUCUCUACCAACACAGCCCUGGGAGCUCUUUGUCACACCGGCAGAAAUGUUCUUCUGCAGCCUCUUUUGUGCUCAUUUAUUUGCAGUAACGUUUUGGGAAACCAAGUAUGAACUAUUUUUAUUGCUUGGAUGCCAGCAAGAAGGAGCAGCUCGUUGUGCAGCUCAGCACUUUGGAUUGCUCACACGUGAAAGCAGAGAGAGCCCAAGGCACUGCAAAGACAAAAGCUCCUGGCUAAAAAUUCAAUGCAUGACUGCAGCUGCCUGAGCAUCCUCCUUGCUACAGAACACAGGACUCAGGAGGAGCUGCUCUCGUUCCAAACCCCAGCGGGUUCCCAGCACAAGCCAAUCUCCUUCCUGGUGUUCCCAGCAUAAGGCAGCAUCAAUCCCACGAUUGAUCCUGGUCUUACACUCCCCUCUCACAGUAGAGAAUAAGCAGUGAUGUGUGAGGGCACCAAGGAAUCCAGAAAACAGCAGAGAUGAAAAAGCUUGGUGAGAUGGGAGCAAAGAGAAACAAAAAAUAUGAAGUUAUUUUGUAAGAAUGGAGUGGGAGACCAAGCCUGGGGAAUUCUGAGUUAGUCCUGCUUGAACAUGGGCUGCUCUUUGUGGGCUAACAUGGUUCAACAGGAGUUACCUUCUUCAACCCCAGCAGUGGGGAGGCUGGAGAGGAAACAUUUGGGACCAAACAAAUGAGUUUGGACUUUGAGAUGUUGGCAAAUGAGUCUGUCCUGAAAAGUCCUCCCUUCCUGGCUUCUCCAGCUGAAAAGACUGAGGCUGAAAGAUGACAGGAUCUAUACAACUAAGGAUAAACACUUUAGUUCAGACACUUCCUGCAGAAAUGACAAACUUUGCACUGCAGUUCUGUACUUUCUAUGACAGAAAAGCCCUCAGCUCCUCGGGCUCCUCCUGCAGCCCCCCAGCCUGCUCAGCUGCCAGGGCUGAGGCCCAGACCCAGCACUCCAGCUCCAGGAGCACCAGGGUGUGAUUCCAGGGCAGGAUGCUUCUCUGCCCAGGGGAAGCUCAGGGUAGCUCUGAACAUUUGGCCAAUCCCAACCAGCCAAGGGUGGGAUUUACAGCUUGGAGAACAGAAUCCUGAAAGCACAGCACAGCUGCCAUCCAACCUGAGAUCUGCAGCUGCUGGUCCUGGGGAACCCUGUGGCUCCAUUGCUGCAGGGAACUUGGACAAGACUGGGAGAAACAGAAGAACAGGGCAGAUGAAGAUUGCUUGGGCUCUGUUUUAAAACCUGACUGUUCCUGGAAGCUCAGGAGCCUGUAGGGAUGGAUCCCAACAUCUCCUUUGCCCACCACUCCUCCAGAUUUCAAGGCAAAGUCCAAGGAACACAAGGCCCUACCCCAAGUGCCUCUGAGACAGUGGCAUGAAUGAGCUCUCAGAUCUCUGUGGAAAUCCAUGACAAGCAGCAAGAUUCAUCUUCAACACUGACAGACCCAACAGAGAAGGUGCUGAAUUCUGAAUAUUCUGAGUUCUACUUACUGACAGUCAUUCUCCCCUUCAGCUUCUUAAGAGAGGCAAAAAGGGGGUGGUAUGGCAGGAUUAUUUGGCAUAGAAGACAGGAACAGGAUUGUACAAGAAGCAGAAUUAUUCAUGGUGGCAGCCAGACAGGUGGCUUCAAAAAGGCCACCACAUGGUGCUCUGAGGUUCAGCAGAACCCCUGUUCAAGGAUUCAGUGGCACUCCUGCCCUGGAAAUGUCUGUCAAUAACAGUGGGAGCACACAGAACUAAGCUGCUCAUUUGUUUCCAGCAAAUAACACACUGGUGCACACUUUGAUCUCAAGGAAUCCUACAUCAUAAGAACUAUUAUUUUUUGUUUCAAGGAACAGGGAUGAGUCUCACGCUGCUCAUCUGUUAUUGAUAGAGCUAAAGGCCAGUGAAGGCCAGUGGUUUUGUGGAAUGCAAAACCUUACUUUGGCUCUUCCACCCCAAAAAAGGGCAUUUGAGGGGAUUUCAAUGCUCACAGUUUGGCAACACACCUGCUCCAUCAUCAGGUCAGCUCCUCUGAGCCACUUCAGCAUCAACUCCAAGUCUCUAUAAACAAAGUAUCACAAAGCAGUGGAAUUUCUGUGUUCUGAGGAGCACCUCCCCACUGGAGAGCUAAAACCUAGAGAAUUAUGUGUGCUCGCUGGAUUCCAGCUGGCAGCAAGAGAACAGAGCCUGGAACUGUCCUUCCCCUCCAAGGGGGAUCACAAAGCUGUUUGAACUUGGUUACUAAAGCAGCCUGAGCCAGCACAAGAUAACAGCAGCUGCUGCUCUACAGACACAGUGACCCCAGGGCAGGUUCCAAAGGCUGCCCUGUUAAGCUGAGACUGUUCUUUUGCCUUCUCAGAUGGCAAAUAACAAACAAUGAGCUGGUUUUGCCAGGAGCAGCACCUGCACUGCAGGGACCAGGGAAGGUGCUCAGCUCAGAGGGGCAGCCCCUGUUUCAGAGCAGGGAAAAGCUUUGGAGUAAACCAGCACCUGACCACGAGUACCAGAGAGUUUUGGACACUAAACAUUCACGGUAACAGCUGUCAGGGUCUUACGUUUGAGAUAAAAUCAGACAAAUCUGUAACUUAAGACCAAAAGCUGUAAGACCUUGGGGCACUAAGGCUCCCAGGUGCUAUAAAACAAGACCCUAAAAUACACUAAACCAAAAGCAAGUGCUUUGCCUUUGGAAUCAGUAAUUUGAGCUUCAGACCACAAAACAAGAGUCUAAAGUGGUGAUAAUAAUGUAGCACAGCAGAGUUUGACAAAACACAGCAUGGGAAUGAAGGAAAUUACUAUUUAUUCUUCAACAUGUAUACAGCAUAUGCUAUUUUACAGCAAGUCACCACUGGCAGGGUGAAAUGGAAGAAAAAUACUCACUUUAGUCGAUGAAAGUUGGAAGGCAUUGGAGAAAAACACCACAGUUAGGACUGUUAAUGACUUACACAUUGUUGAUACAGGACUGAAUUUGAAAACAUGCUUUAACAUUUACCGUAAUAAUGAAGGUGGUUAGUGCCACAUUAAAAUAAAAAUAGUUCUAUACAAUAUGUUCAAUUUGGUCAUGUGCUAUUUACAGAUUUUACAAAAAACACACACGAGCUUGUUACUUCAAGUCAGGCUAACAACAGGCCAGCAGAGUAACUCCAUGUUUACAGCUGAGCAUUAGUGCCCUAAGUGUAGGAAAUCCAAUUCUAGCUAUGCAGUGCAUUUUUUUCAGGUCUCAUUGCAAAUUUUGAUCUUAAAGGGGGAAAACAUGUGUAAAAAAGGUAUUAAACCCCAACUUAAACCCUCUUUUGAAUUGAAACAUAUUGUGUGUGUUAAAAAGGCUUUAGAUUUAAGGAGACAGAAGUAGCCCUCCCUAUCCCUGCAAAACGGGCAACACUGGCAAAGUAAGGUCUGUUACAAUAAAAUACAAUAGACAAAUAAAUAAUCCUUAAAAAAAAACAACCCUAUGUGUGUGGAGAGUAUGGAAAAACCCCAGCAGGCUGCACCUGGAAUGGUAUUUUCUGCACGAGCAAGAUCAGGCAUACCUCAUACAGAAAGUGGUGUAAACAAGGACAGUCAAGAACCGAGAGUGAGGGAAGAGGGACCGAGAAGAAAUCCUGACCCAGGGAGCAGAAAGUUCUGCUUGUGAACAAAACCUGACUUUAUGACAAAUUAAGUUUGGAUGAUCAUGCAGAAGACAAACAGUUACAUGCUUUUUUAGUUUUAGACAACACACAUUCAUUCCCUAAAAUCUGCUGCCAAUUUAGUUUGAUAGUGUCC